AUGACCCAUAUCAUUGGCAGCAGCAGCACCACGCUGAAGCUAGGAUCUGUACCACGCAGCUGGAACGACCAAAAACAGAUCAUCUACACACACCUACACAACAACGGAUACCCGAAGACGUUGAUCAGUCGUCUAAUCAAACAGCACCAGAGUAAAACCCUUCCGAAUGCCAGCGAGCAACCCAACGUAGCGACUCCUGUCGCUAACACCAACCAGGAUCCGACCCAACCACCCACCCUCAGUCAGCCACAGCCUGCAGCAGAUGCCAUCUAUCGAUCCAUCCCUUACUUGCCAAAACUGACUGAACGACUCCAAAAGGUGUUCCGCAGUGACUACAAUCAGAUCCGCAUUGCCUCUAGACAAAUCAACACUGUAAACAACCUACACACCAAAGUGAAAGACCCCAAAAACCACCAUGAAAACAGUAAUGUUAUUUACAAAAUUCCUUGCAGUAGCUGUAACAAAUGUUACAUUGGAAUGACCAAGAACAAACUUAGUACAAGACUUUCAGGCCACAGAUCAGAUGUAAACAAAGCGGACGGUCUUCUAGUGGAGGCCACUCCGCUCAAGUCGAUUCUCGAGGUGAAGGUCGGCGAUCACACAAACACUGAGACGGAUAUGGAUAGCAUCAGAGACAAAACUGCUCUGCUUGAACAUCGUGUAAACACAGGCCACCGUUUUCAAAUUAAUAACACAAAAAUUGUAGACACAACUUUUAUGUCACACACACUGCCAUUUUUAGAAAUGAGCCACAUCUUCAACACUCAACACACAGUAAACCACAGAGUGGAUGUUGAUGGAUUGAACACAGCUUACGCUUCUGUUCAGUGUACCACCAGCUUUUGA